GUAGUCGGAAUAGUGGCUCACGUCGUCAUGCUCCUCCUGCUGCGGACCGGGAGAGUCUUCGGAAAGAGGACCUGCCGCUGUUCGAACUUGUUCAACGUCUUCAGCGCCGUCGUCUUCAUCUUCCUCCAUGGCCUCGCCUCCAGCGCUCGCAGUAUUGUCGAAGACGUCCCCAUUGAUGCUCGCAUUGCGAUUCCUCUCACCGCCAGCUGCAGUGGUUUCUGUGCUCGCGUUGCGAUUCCUCUCACCGCCAACUGCAAUAAUUUCUGUGCUCGCAUUGCGAUCCCUCUCACCGCCAGCUGCAGUGAGUUCUGUGCUCGCAUUGCCGUCACCUUGACUUCCACCCGUUGUCGAAGCCCUUCUCGCUGAAGUAAUCUCGUCAUGCCCAUGAGUCUGGUCCGAAGUGGCAACGGCAGAAAUUGCGCGGUCCCUUGGAUUGUUGCCCACGCUUCCUGCAUCCUCGCCUCCCUCACCUCCUACACUGGCCACCCCUCUCCUUCCAGCUUUCCAGCGCUUUGUUGCCUUUGUGCGUAUCUCCCAUUCUCUCCGCUUCUUCCCACAAAUCGUUGCAAGCGCCCCUCGCACAUCCCAAGCUGUGAAAGGCGCCGUCUUGCUUAGCCUUGGAAGCACC